AUGGCGUUUAUUUCAAGCGAUAUAUCUUCGAAGUCAACCAAAAGAGACUUAAUUUCCAUUUGGAACGGAAUAGAGAAGCUUGAAUCCUCUGAGAGAACACUAUUAACGAUUGACGACGUUGCUAAGGAAAUCAGAGGGGAUUGGAAAGGCAGAAAAUGCUUUGUUGUAGAUAAAAGUAGCUAUAAUGGAAAACCGUUAACAUACGACGGCUUAAAAUGGAGAAAAAAAAUCGCUCCGAAGUAUCGGCAAUGGAAUGAAAAUGGACGUGUUUAUGGAACAAUCCAGUGCAGAUCGCCGUCCACUGCGAGUUUCAGAAAAACUGUAGUUUAUAUGGACGAUUCGACUUUUGUUAUCGUCGACUAUCACCGCGAUGAAGAACGAAUUAGCUUGGAUUUUGAUAUUCAUAGGAUGACAGCCUCAGAUGUUGAUAUCGUUCGAAGCGAACUGAUUGGGAGGUCUGUAAAGAGUGCAUAUGAAAUUCUACAUAAAAAAGGCUUCAAGUUCUCGCUUGAGCAGGUGAGGAACCAAAGGAAACACGUACCUGAAUCGAUUGGCUGCAAUCGAGGCGUCAAAGCUAUUGCCACCACAUCCGAAUUAGGAAAAAUAGCGAGAAACGUUCCGAAUGCAAAGUACAGCGUAUUUGAGUGUAACGGUGGAAUGGUAGAUUGUUUGUCGGUUAUUCUUGAUGAACCCUUUCGGAUUGUCUUAAACUGUUUACCGACUACUAACGAGUACGAAUCUCACCUGAGAUUGUUCGAAGACAUAAACGAAAAUAAUAAAAAGGAACAUAUCCAAUCACUAUUAGAACAAUGGAAAGUUUCAAACGAUGAUGGAUUUUUGAUCAGUGGUGUCACUCAGCUGGAUACAACAUUCGGAUUGAGCGAGUUGUAUGUCACUUUAAUGUGCACCACAGUAAAGAUAUUCAAGUCGAAAAAAUCAAAAAAACCGAGAACUAUUGUCAUUAGCUAUUUGUUGCACUCGAAAAAGACUAUGGAAUGCCACAAGUUUCACGCAAACCAUGUGAACGAAUACCUGCAGAAGCAAGGUUUCAAAAAUGACCGCGUUGUGCCUGGAUUCAUCACGGACGGUGAAAAAUCCUUUGAGGAAUAUUACAAGGUUUGA